ACAACUGUGCUUCGUGAAAUAUUCUCUUUGCUGUGAUGAAUCUUACCUACCCAUGGUCUUGCAAGGCAAUGAAGCAUCAACCAUCAAGGCCAUCGUUCUUCAUAUACUGCUGUGUCUCCUCAUUUUCUAUGCAGUGUAUUACAUGACUGGGAGCAUUUGCUGUGGAGCGUUCAGGAUCAAUACCUUUGGCCUGCGGAUCCCUUUUGAAUUUAAAAUGGAGCCGUCUUUCUUAAAUCCCAACUAUCUGGCCAACACACUGGCCUUGGAGCUCACCUUUUUCACCAGCGGCUUGCUCUUUGCUGUAUUGUUGCGACGGUGGGUCUGGGAUUACGCCACCACUGUCACCUUGGCCCACGUCCUGUUGACCUUUGCGGUGAUGGAAGAAUUUCCUCUGGUUUGGCAGUGGUGGCUGGCACUUGCCAGUGGCCUCUUCCUUAUGAUCAGCAGUGGUGAACUGGUGACCUAUCUCGCUUGCUCUGAUGCCAACAACCUCAGCAGGGGCAGUUUUUUAGAGCUUGCGCUGAAACUAUAA